AUGAAACUAGUGAUCCCUCUAGUUAUCCUCAGUGCUGUCACAGUGGUGAAUGCCUUGAGUGAGUGCAUUCUCAACUGCCAGGCCGAAGCCGCAGCCAGUGACUGCAGUACCAGUAACUACAACCAAACCAGCUGCUACUGCAACAACGGUGACUUUCCAAUCGACGUGCAGUCAUGUCUAGAAAAGAGUUGCUCGGACGACAUCGGAACCUUCCACACCUAUCGUGGCUCGCAAUGCGGAGGUUCUACCGCCACAACAACCGCAACCGCAGCUGCAUCAACCUCCACCAUAACCCUGACCAGCUGCAUCCUGGACUGUCAGUCUACCGCCGCCGAGAGUGUCGGCGGUGUUUGCUCUUCCAGCUCCUACAACAACACCAACUGCUACUGCAACUCAGACACCUUUGCCACACAAACCCAGGAUUGCAUUUUCUCGGACUGUGCCUCCGACGACGGAACCUAUCACCAAUGGCGCGGGUCUAUUUGCUCCUCAUCUACCAGCGCCAGCACCACAACAGCAUCUACCACCAGCACUACCUCCACCUCGGGCAGCACCAGUCUCAGCAAAGGCGCAAUCGCAGGUAUUAGCAUUGGCUCCGCGGUCGCCGGUAUUGCCAUUAUCUCCCUGCUUAUAUUUACAUUCCUUCGUCGUCGGUGGAAAGCGGCUCAUACUUACAACGGGAAUAGUAAGAUUCAGAAUUAUCCGCUGGGUAAGUUGGCUUCGGUGUCUAGUACUCGUGAUGCGUGA